UAAUUAGAUAAUAAUUUAAUAGACUCCAAAUGAAGACGCGUGUCAGUAUCCCUUGCCCUAGUUGCCCACUUCCAAUCUUACCUUUUCCCGGUUUCACUUCCUAUAUAAAUACCAUCAAUCACCCUCAAUUUUGUCUCAAGAAACAAUCUCAACUUUGCAACUCUUUUUCUUCAUAUCUCCAUUUCCGUUCUGAUCAAGAGAAUCAUGGGUGCUACCACACUGGAUUCAACUCUCAGCCUUCAAAUCAACGGCCAAGAUCAAUCCCAGCAGCAGCAGCUGCAGCAGCGACGAUCAGUUCAUGUAGUUGAGGAAAUUGAUGGCCUUAUUAGGGUCUACAUAGAUGGCCACGUGGAACGACCCCAGAUCGUGCCAUAUGUCACGUGUUCAUUGGCCCCCGAGCUUCAGGUCACGUGCAGAGACAUGAUCAUAGACAAAUACACCAACAUUUGGGCACGUUUCUAUGUCCCAAAUGCCUCCCUAGGCAACAAGAAGCUCCCUUUGCUUGUCUACUUCCAUGGAGGUGGAUUUUGUGUUGGCUCCCCUUCUUGGAGUUGCUACCAUGAUUUCCUAGCAAACUUAGCCUCAAAAAUCAAGUGUUUGAUCGUGUCGGUGAGUUACAGGCUGGCGCCGGAAAACCCUCUUCCGGCAGCCUACGACGACGGUGUCAAGACUCUAGUUUGGCUGAAGCAGCAAGCAUUUGCUGCUGGUAAUCAUGAUCACAAAUGGUGGAUCAAUAAAUGCGACUUUUCGAGGAUCUUUUUAGCCGGCGAUAGUGCCGGUGCUAAUAUAGCCUAUAAUGUGGCCUUAAGAGUAAGGCCAUUAAUGGACAUCAUCAAGGGACUCAUCCUAAUACAACCCUUUUUUGGAGGGGAGUCAAGGACUCAUUCGGAGAAGUGCAUGGUGCAGCCGCCAGGCUCCGCCCUCACGCUGGCAGCAUCGGACACAUAUUGGCGGCUGGCGUUGCCUGCAGGGGCCAACCGGGACCAUCCAUGGUGCAAUCCUGUGGUCAAAGGGGCAACGGAAGUGCCGAUUAUGGUGUGUGUAGCGGAGAUGGAUAUAUUGAAAGAUAGGAAUAUGGAGUUUUGUGGUGUUUUGGGAAGGGAAGGUAGGAAAGUAGAGCAAGUGGUGUGUAAAGGUGUUGGGCAUGCAUUUCAGAUUCUGAACAAGUCUCCUCUGUCCCAAACGCGGCUUCAUGAGUUGAUUUGUCAUAUCAACAACUUUGUUAGUAGAUAUAACUGAGGGUCGGUCGAGGGGGAUUCUCGUAUAUGUUUGCGUUAAAGGAUUUCAUUUUGUGAUUUUCUAAAUUUGUUUUGUUGUAAUUAGUAGGUUAAAUAUACAAAAUGGAAAUUAAGAUGAUAUAUACACAAUAUAUAUAUAUAUAUAUUAUUAGGUAUUGAAAUUGAAGCCAUGAAUUGGGAGAAGGGGUGGUGCCAAUUUAAUUAAAU